AUGACGCGUGAGGAAGCCUGGAGUGGAAGGAAACUACUAGUACAUCACUUCCAGGUGUUUGGGUGCAUAGCAUAUGAACACAUUCUAGAUGAGAAGAGGAAGAAGCUUGAUGACAAGAGUGAGAAAUGCAUCUUUCUUGGGGUGGGUGAACCCUCCAAAGCAUACAAAUUGUUCAACCCCAUUACUUAA